CUCGGGACUGUCUGUAAUUUUAAAGGGUGCCUCGGGACUGUCCGUAAUUUUAAAGGGUGCCUCGGGACUUUCCGUAAUUUUAAAGGGUGCCUCGGGGCUUUCCGUAAUUUUAAAGGGUGCCUCGGGGCUUUCCUUAAUUUUUUUAGGGGUGCCUCGGGGCUGUCCGUAAUUUUAAAGGGUGCCUCGGGGCUGUCCGUAUUUUUAAAGGGUGCCUCGGGGCUUUCCGUAAUUUUAAAGGGUGCCUCGGGGCUGUCCGUAAUUUUAAAGGGUGCCUCGGGGCUGUCCGUAAUUUUAAAGGGUGCCUCGGGGCUGUCCGUAAUUUUAAAGGGUGCCUCGGGGCUGUCCGUAUUUUUAAAGGGUGCCUCGGGGCUUUCCGUAAUUUUAAAGGGUGCCCCGGGGCUGUCUGUAAUUUUAAAGGGUGCCUCGGGGCUGUCUGUAAUUUUAAAGGGUGCCUCGGGGCUGUCC